UCUUCAAUUUUAAACCGACGGCCCGGGGGCCGCACAAACCGGUUCCAGCGGACUAUGCCGCUGUGCGCCCAGGAUGCUGUCGCGUUUGCUCCCACUCCUCCUCACGUUCGCCAGUCUGAGCCUGGGCUUCCGCGCACACGGGACAGAACUGCCCAGCCCUGCUUCUGUGUGGUUUGAAGGCAGAUUUUUCCAGCAUAUCCUUCACUGGACACCUAUCCCAAACCAGUCUGAGGACACCUACUAUCAAGUAGCACUGAAGAAGUAUGGAUCCACUGUCUGGAAAGACGCCCACAGCUGUAGAGAGGCCCAGGCAUUGUCCUGCGAUCUCACAGAGUUCACCCUGGAUCUGUAUUACAAUGGCUAUGGCUACUGGGCCAGAGUCCGGGCUGUGGACAACAGCCAGCACUCCAAUUGGACCCUCACUGAGACUCGCUUCACACUGGAUGAAGUGAUCCUGACUGUGGGUAGCGUGACAUUGGAGGCGAGCAACGGCUGGAUCUUAGGUACAAUCCAUCCCCCGAGGCCCAAGAUCGUCCCUGCAGGUCAAGAGUAUAAACAGAUCUUCAAGAAUUUCCGUGCUUAUAAGGUUUCCAUCCGAAAGAUCUCGGAACAAAAGAAUCUAACUAAGACGGUGCAUCAGGAGAACUUCAGACUGACAGUUCCCAGAGGGAUGAGAGAGUUUUGUAUCAAGGUGAAGCCCUUCGUGGAAUCCCGGAGUAACAGGGGCGAAUGGUCAGAGGAGCAGUGUUUACGUCUCACGGAGCAGUAUUUCACCGGGACCCACCUCAGCAUUUUCUUCAUUUUUGUCUUGCUGCUCUGCGGAGUCCUGACCUGCCUGGCUCUCCACUGUUACAUCCGGCGGCACUCGGGGAAGUUACCUGCAGUCCUGGUCUUCGAGAAGCCCCACAACUUCUUCCUGGCAGACCCUCCUUUCCCCGAAAUUUCAGAUGCCAUUCAUAUCCUGGACUUAGAGGCCUUCCCAAAAGUGUCACCAGAGCUGAGAGACUCGGCUCUGCAUGGCAGCACUGACAGUGGCUUUGGCAGUGGCAAGCCAUCACUUCAGACCGAAGAUUCCCAACUCCUCCUCCCUGGCUCCCAACCCCAGAUACAGGGGACUCUGGGAAAUGAAGAGCCUCAGGAGCUUCCGGACCACUGUGGGGACAACACGGACAGUGGGAUCUGCUUGCAGGAACCCAACUUACACUCCAGCAUGGGGCCCACCUGGAAGCAACAGUUUGGAUAUACCCAUCAGGGCCAGGAUGAUAGUGACAUCAGCCUAGUCCAGAACUCUCCAGGGCAGCCUACGAAUACACAGGAUGGCUCUGCCUUGGGCCAUGUCUGUCUCCUAGAGCCCAGAAUCCCUGAGGAGAAAAAACAAGUCAUGGUGACAUUCCAGGGCUAUCAGAAACAGACCAGGUGGAAGGAAGAGACAGCCGACCCACCAGAACACUUGGACAAGGAGAGUCCCUUGACAGAUGCCUUUGACCCGAAACUCGGGGUGUGCCUGCAGGAUGAUUUAGCAUGGCCUCCCCCAGCUCUAGCCAAGGGUUAUAUGAAACAAGAGUCUCACGGGAUGACCUCUGCUCCAUCAGGGACCACAAGUAGACAGUGGGAUCAAUUGGCUGAAGGGUGGUCACUCCUGGAUGACGUUAGCUGUGAAGACCUAAGUGUGGCCAGUUGGACUUUUGCCCAUCAGCUUGCCCCUCUGGACUGUGGGGCGGCCCCUGGUGGCCUCCUGAGUGGCCUGGAUGCUAACCUGGCCACGCUGCCGUUGAUCUCCAGCCUGCGAGUAGAAGAAUGACAGAGGCUGAUGGUUCUUUGUAUUCC